AUGGUUGGUCGAUUACUCUUUGCUACCAUUUUUCUCUCCUUCAUUUUAGCUAUCUUGUCGUUUCACUGUUACGAAGGUUAUGGUAGAGAUUGUAUAAUUGAUGAUAAAAAUGAUUGUGGUAGAGGUGCAAAAUGUGUAUGUAUCAAAUAUCGUUAUAACUGUUCUCUCAUGGAUCUUGGCUGUAGUGCAGAAGAACGAGCCAAAGAUGCAUUUAAAUGGGGAUUUACAGCAGUUUGUAAAGAAGAUUGUGACGAGAUGAAAAAACCAUCAUACGGUCUUUUUAAUGUUACAUGCUGUUCAACAAGCAAAUGUAAUCGACCUAUUGGAGAUCAAUGUCCAAUGUCUUGA